AUGUCGUCUCAUAUUAUUCGAGAUACAGCGGAUAGAGUCAGAACCAUGGUUGGCGGAGAGAAAGGCCGCAAGAUCGCGGAUCUCGACACCGUCACUCAGACGGUGUCGCCCAAGGACAGGAUUACGUCUGACUUUGGUGUAAAGAUGGGCAAUGUCGACGAAUGGUUGCGAGUGGCCAACAACGACAAGACAGGACCUAUGCUUUUAGAGGACUCAUUUUCUAGAGAAAGAAUUCAUCGAUUUGAUCAUGAACGUAUUCCCGAACGGGUUGUUCAUGCGCGGGGUACUGGCGCAUUCGGCACUUUCCGGUUACUCGAGAGUGCCGAAGACGUUACAUUUGCAGGAGUCCUCACAGAUACGUCUCGUGAGACACCUGUUUUCGUUCGAUUUUCUACCGUGGCAGGCUCUCGUGGUAGUGCCGACACCGUACGUGAUGUGCGCGGGUUUGCUGUCAAGUUCUACACGCAAGAAGGUAAUUGGGAUAUCGUCGGAAACAAUAUCCCCGUCUUCUUCAUCCAAGACGCCAUUAAGUUCCCUGACGUUAUUCAUUCUGUCAAGCCCGAGCCUCAUAACGAGGUACCGCAAGCUCAGUCAGCGCACAAUAACUUCUGGGAUUUCGUGUUUAUGCAUACCGAGGCUACUCACAUGUUUAUGUGGACGAUGUCGGAUCGAGCGAUCCCGCGAUCGUUUCGAAUGAUGCAGGGUUUCGGUGUCAACACUUUUGUUCUCAUUAACAAGAAGGGCGAGCGUCACUUCGUUAAAUUCCACUGGAAACCUGAGCUUGGUGUUCACUCGUUAGUCUGGGAUGAGGCUUUGAAGAUAGGAGGUCAAGACCCCGACUUCCAUCGCAAGGAUCUGUGGGAGGCGAUCGAGAACGGUGCUUAUCCGAAGUGGAAGUUUGGUAUUCAACUCAUUCCGGAGUCUAGAGAACACGACUUCGACUUCGAUAUUCUUGACGCGACGAAGAUUUGGCCCGAAGAUCUUGUCCCGGUCCGAUACAUCGGUGAGAUGGAACUCAACAGGAACGUCGACGAAUUCUUCACUCAGACUGAACAGGCCGCAUUCUGUACGGCGCACAUGGUUCCAGGAAUUGCUCACUCGGAUGAUCCUCUCCUGCAAGGCCGUAGCUUUAGCUACUUUGACACGCAACUGUCCCGCCUUGGAAUCAACUGGCAGGAGUUGCCAAUUAAUAAGCCCGUCUGCCCCGUCCUGAACUUCAACCGUGACGGCCAAGGCAGACACGCUAUUGCCAAGGGACAAGUUAACUACUGGCCUAACAGGUUCGAAGCACGACCACCGGCUAGUGCACAAGAAGGAGCGUAUAUCGAGCCCCCACUCAAUGUCCAAGGCAUCAAGGCGCGAACCAAGAGUGCCAAGUUCCGCGAACACUUCAACCAGGCACAGUUGUUCUAUAACAGCUUGUCGGAACCGGAGAAGAACCACGUCGCCGCAGCUUUCUCUUUCGAGCUAGACCACUGCGACGACCCCGUCGUAUAUGAGCGCAUGUCGCAGCGGUUAGCCGAUAUUGACUUGGGACUUGCUCAGACUGUAGCGGAGAUGGUUGGAGGACCGAAGCCCGAGAAGCAGACCAAACCGAACCACGGCAACAAGGCUAGCAAGCUCAGCCAGUUAGAAUUCCCGUCCACAAACCCGACAAUUGCGAGCCGACGAAUUGCUAUUAUCAUCGCAGACGGCUUUGACAUCGCUAUUUACGGUGCAGUUAAGGCUGCUGUAAAGACAUCUGGCGCACUGCCCUUCACAAUUGGAGUUCGCAGGUCCGAGAUAUUCCCAGCGGGUGUACCAAAGACGCCAGGUAGCGGAAUUAAACCUGACCACCACCUUGAAGGCAUGCGAUCCACCUUGUUCGAUGCGGUAUUCGUUCCUGGAGGAGCUGAGUCAGUUAAGACUCUAUCUAAGAGCGGACGAGCGCUGCACUGGCUCCGCGAAGCGUUCGGCCAUCUCAAGGCCAUCGGCGGUACUGGUGAAGCUGUCGAGUUAUUCAAGAUAGCAUUCGCAUUACCAGAAAUUCAAGUUUCGACAAACGACAAAGCAGUUGAAUCCUAUGGUGUUGUUACUAUGUCACGCGUGUCGGCUGACAGCUUGAAGGAGACUGUUAAAAUUGCCAAGGAGGGAGCGGGGUUCUUGGAGAAGUUCUGGUACCAAGUUUCGCAACACAGGAACUUUGACAGAGAAUUGGCUGGACUCAAUUCGCAGGUCGCGUAUUAA